GAGCCAAUGUGAGGGGUUCCAGGAAGCUGCUUAUACAAAUGCAUCUCUCUUCCUGGAAGGGGUGUGCUCUCGCUUGCUGACUGCCUGGUUUGUCUGUCCAGUCAGGGUAUAUCAGAAGAGGGGAGUUAAACACAAGUACAGUGUGAAACUCUGCUUUAGGAUUGAGGAGACGAAUCUUGCUGUGUGUGUGUGUGUGUGUGUGUGUGUGUGAGAGAGAGAGAGUGAGUGAGAGAGAGAGAGAGAGAGAAGACCUCGCAACAACAGUUACCCUCUCACUGGCGGACAUUCUCAGCCCAUCCUAUUUGAAUCAAUAUGAAAACCUGUCUCCUAUCUCUAGUACUGCUCUUUUAUUUGGCUCCUUGUUCACAGGGAGAUUGUGUGGCUGAGUGCCUCACCUGUCACAAACACUUCUUUCAGCGUCAACGCUUCAAUGUGCUGGUCUGUAUUCUACAGUGCAAAGGGAAAAUUAUAUCCUCUGUCGUUUGGGAAGACUGCAGAAAAAUUGCCUCAGCAUCAUCUGUGGGUGUAAAUACAUCUCAAACCAGAAGCCUGUCUUUUGGUAAUGCUGGAAGCAAUAGUAGAAUCAACUCGGCAAACACUUGGGGCUUUCUUCAAACUAUGAAGACCAUGUGGCCCAAUGGCAGUGUGCAGCACGUCUAUGAUGAUGGGGCUGAGACCAUAUUUGAGAUGGACAACAGUCAACAAGAGACAGAGAGGAAACAUCAUAUCAGAGAAGUUGCAGAGGGCAACAGAAGUUUCCAGAAAAGAUAUGGAGGCUUCAUGGGAGUCAGAAAAUCAGUUAGGAACUGGAGCAAUUUGAACAGACAGACCAAUCAGAAGAGAUAUAGCAAAUUUCUGAGGCAGUACCUAGGACUGACAACACAUUCUACUGAGUAGGACAGUAUACCAAGCAACUUGGCUGUAUAAAUUUGAGAUUGUGGGACUGAAUAGAGCUGAUGCCUAGUCUAGAUUAUAGAGGAGUCAGCCUUAACAUUAGCUCAUGUCAUGACUGUUCUGUGAUCGUUGAAACACCUAACUCAGAGAUAAAUGUACAGAUAAGACUGCUGAACACAAUACUCUCUAAUGGCUCACUUGCUCAAAAAAAAUUACUGUUUUGAUUUUGCACAGUUCCACAAUGAUUUAAAGAAGUCUGUGAAAAGUGUUGUGAGAUAUCGGACUAGGUAGGUGGAUACAAGUGCAUAAAGUGACUAUCACUGAUUGAAUCUGUCUAAUCUAGAAAAAUUCCAUCACUAACAAGUGACCUGUUGGAUGUUCGACAUUGUUACAUUGCAAAUGUAAGAAACUUCACUGCUAAAACUACUCAAUUAAUCCCACUCAUCUUCCAGUUCUCCAAAGCCCUGUAGUUUUUUUCCCUUCAAGUAUUUAUUCAAUUCUCUUUUGGAAGUUAUUGUUGGAUCCUUUCAGGCAGUUUAUUGCAGAGCAUUACAAGUUGGUGUGGAAAAUAAAAGCUCCUCGUUGUCAAUCUGGAUGGGUCAUUCUUUGGAGGUUUGGCGCACACCGCUUCUGCACUGUAGGGAUUCUAUGAUAAGGCUGUAAACACCAGAAUACAAAAAUGAUCACAAUGCAUUUGUAGGUCUGACUAAACAGGGUAAAGUUAUGCAAAGGCCUUCUGACUUUGUAGUGUUCACUUAAGCCUUCAGUCAAUUCUACUUCAUUUACAAUUGCUGUAAGUUUUUGGAUCAGGACAUUUUUAAAAUAUAAUUUUAAAUUUUAAUGAUGGUAUUUGAACACUUUCACUUUGAACGUCAAUGACAAAAGUAUCACUAUUAUGCUGUAAAUUACCUGCUCUGUGAGUAAAGGUGAUUACAUGGGGUAAAAUUUCUAAUGUUUUCUGAUUUACCAGCAUAACUUUACAAAAGAUUGGCUGAAUAAUGGUUCUGUUAAAAAUAAUUUCAUCAAUUGCCCCCAAAUUACAGCAACAGAUUGAUUGAACCCUUGUUCCCCACCACCAUUUUCCAUUUACCCUAUCACAUUUUCACGUAAAAUUUACUUACUGAAGAGACUUUUCGUUUGUCGUCUUUACUGACUUUACAAUCAGUCAACCAAAGCUUCAUUCUUUUUACCUAUACAAUAAAUUGUAAGAGCAGCAGUCAUAUUUAAUGGCAACUCAUUACCUGCCUCAAGGCUCAUGCAAUUGACAGUAUCUGCUACUCUUUUAUGUCAGUCACCAGUUAUUCUACCAAUAUAUUUUAAAAUAUAUAUGCUGAGAAACAGAGGCACCCAAUGGAUUGUAGGUUGUCAUGAUCCCACUCAUUAUUUUACAAAGUCCUAUUGCUCUUCCCCUUCCAUAGUUAACUUCCAUAGCAAACCUAAUUUAAAUAAAACAAAGAAGAGCAGAUGCUAGAGAUCAGAAACAAAUACAGGAAUUGCUGGAGAAACUCUGCAGGCGUGUGGAAGAGUUCUGAUAAAGAGUCAUUGGACUUGAUACGUUAACUCUGACCUGCUGAGUUUCUCCAGCAAUUUCUAUGUUUGUUCUUAAUUUAAAUAACUUUAGUGUUCUAUAAUUACUAAUAGAACUAACAGUGGCAACAAUUUGGCCCUAGAAAAGAUUGAGAAGAUCGGGUGAUGGUUACAAAUUUGUAGGAAAUUGAAGUCUUUGUUUAUAUUAGUGUGCUGUAAUGACUCCCAUCUAUCUAUUAUUCUAAAUUUGAGCCAUCUGCUUGCUUACUUGAAACCUGUAGUUAGUCUGUCUGCUAAAGACACACCUUCUGCAUUUUAAUGUCAUUAAUUUAAUUGCCUUCUAAAUAUACCUAAACAGAACUAGUUCAUUUUCUCGCUCUUGAAAUGUUUCAGAUCAGCCUUCCCCCCACCCCUCCCACCUGACCAACUACAAAUGAACAGGCACACUACACAGUUCAGGCUGACUUCUCUUUUAAUUGAUAUUACUUGUAUUUAGUUUAGCUUCUGCAUGUAUUGUAACCAGUGAUAUCAUUUAUAAAACUGUUUUUUCUGUUUUCAGCUCUAUAGCCAGCCUACAGAAAAUUGUAUUUUUGGAUUUGAUUAAAAUAGAUUGGUUCUUGCUUCAGCCAGCUUGUUUCCAUGCGGUUCCCUACCACCGAGCAUGACCAAUAAAGAGAACCUAGUUUCAUUGUCAAAACAGCAAAAUGUUUGUAAUGUUGUUUGUAUAUUUGACCAUCAAAUUGCAGCAUUAUAAAGUGUA